AUGCCAACUCUUCGACGCAGAGGCGAGGCCGCGCGGGCCGUCGAGGAGCCCCACAUCGACGAGACCACGACGCGCGCUAUUGAGCCCAUCGCGAGCCAUCUUGAAUCCCUCGAGACGGCGCCGGACGGCACGGUCGAGGCGCUGGGCGUCGUCAAUGACGCGGCUGAGGUGGCGGCGGCGAACGCAGAGGCAAAGGAGUCGGAAGCCGCGCAUAUCAGCGAGAGGGAUCGCGACCACCAGCACUCGCGGCGGCAGCGCUCGCAUCUGCCGACCGUCUUGCAGUUCCCUCUCGUGACGGUACUGAGCUUCAGCAUCUCAAGCUUGUGCUACAGCUUCUUGAGCGAGUGGAGCCGCGGAGAGCUGGCAGGCAUCUCCAAGAGCUUGGAUACUUGGAGCGACGUCGCGACCUUGGCUGGAUGGCGCAUAUUCGAGCUCGCACUGGGCUGGUUCGGCAACUUUGAUAGCUACGACCUCGCUGCGCUCAAUUUGCUCGCGCAUGGCCCUCCGGUCUAUCUCAUUGCCACUUUCUACAACAUCAGCCCCGCGACGGCCGUCUCGGCCUUGGGCAUUGAGAUGCUGUCUACUUUUGUGCCUUUCCAACUUCUGAGACCCUUGUCGGGCGCGCACGCCGGCGCUAAGAACGUCGCCAACCGCGAGAUUAUCACCGACAUCCCGAUCCAGAUCUACACUACUAUCCUGGCGGCGGCCAUCUACAGCCUCACCUUGUUCACCGCCUACAAGACGUACCUGCCCACGACGCUCGUGCUCUACUUCGAAGGACUGCCCAGCCUCGCGCCUGCCUACACCACCAACUUUCUGGCCACGCUUCCUGUGACGAUUGCGUUCGGCAUCGCCGCGAGAUCCUUCAUCUUCACGCCGUUUGUCGCAACUGGCGAAACUGACGAGGAUGAGAAGCUGGCCGAGUUCGACCCGGCCACAGCCACUCUGGGAGAGACUCUGGCGUGGAACAUCUGGGGAUACACGACACGGGAAAAGGUCGUCAUCCUGCGGACGGCUGUGGCCAUGCUCGUCACGGGGGUCAACACGUACCUGCAGACAUUCAUGACCAUCAAUGGCGUCGAGUCAUACGGCGCGUCUUUGUAUGCCGGCGCCUGGGUUGGCGCCGCCUUCUUGACGGGCGUCGGCCUUGGUUUCGUCGGCGGCGGAGAUGCGUGA